AAAGGCUGUCACUGCUUUUUUUUCUGUUUUCCCUCACGCCCUGCACCCAGUGAUGGACGCACUGAUCAAUUACUCGUCGUCGUCUGAUGAGAGCGAUAGUGAGAUGGAUCGUAAACGAUCCUUGAAAGAUGACGAUGCUCCCGAUGCCAAACGGUAUAGCGUGUAGUAUUUUCAGAUCAGGAACAGUGAAUAUUGAAUGCCCCAUUACAGUGCGCGAUUGCCUCCUCUGCCCUCUUUCUUCAAAGCUGCACCUGUGCCGAGCGAUCCCAGCUUGCACCGAGGACGACAGCGUAGCAGACCUCAUACCGAGAACAGUUGGGCGACUCACGUCUAUGUCAAAGUACCUGUCACUGACGAGAUUCAGCGCGUCAUGGAUCAAGUCACCCAGCAUGAUGAUUCGAUUCACCCCUAUACCGAUGAUACCAACCAAUACCUUCACAUAAGUCUUAGUCGAUGUCUUUUCCUCAGAGAACAUCAAUUGCAAAGCUUCACUGAGUGUGUCCGACGCAAUGUAAGCAAUAUAACAACAUGUAAUAUAUCAUUCGCUCAGGUGUCGCUCUUGUCGAACGAUGAAAAAACUCGAUCGUUUGUCACGUUGGAAGUAGGAGCCGGAUACCAUGAGCUCGUAUCGUGCUUGAAAUCAGUGGAUAAGGUGGUCCAGAGUUUUCACCAGCCUGUAUUUUACAAGCCACCUCGAUUUCAUGCAAGUAUAGCUUGGUCUCUGAAAUUGCCGCCGCUCGAAUCAGCCAUCGCCUCAUUACCCGAGUCACUGGAGGACAAAGUCAUCUCAUUAUCGUUUCCCAUCGACAAAAUUAUUGUCAAAAUGGGAAAUCGUAUUGUAGAUAUCGGAUUAAAAACAAAAGAAAAAUAACAAAGAAACAAGUUGGUCACUUGUCACAGCAGCUAGACAUUUCUUCGGACUUUUGUUUGGGAGAUGUUUUUUAUAGAAAAA